AUGAGACGACAAAGUACAAUUACUACCACUCCAGCUAGGGGAGUAAGACCAGUCACGAAAGAUGCGUUCCCGUACUUGGAUACACGAGAGAUAACUUCAUGUUUGUUGGAGUGUGAUUUCAAUGUGUCAUUAGAGCUAAUCGCCAAACCAACCAGUGAUUUCAUAAUCAGGUUAUAUACACAUUUUCUCGAGACAUUCAUGGGUAUCGACAAUCUCUAUGAAAGAGCCAGAGAACUAGCAAUGAGGAGAUUGGAGGUUUUGAAAAAUGGAGACGACAAUGCAUCUGAUGAAGGUGCCGAGCAAAAUGGUGGGUCCAAUUUGGAGGAGAAUAGUAUCGAGCCAUCAGCCACUGAUGAGAUUCUUACAUUGUUUAGGUGUUGUCGUAAAUUCUUUCAAAAUAUUGGAGUUGAUGAUUUCACCCUUUUAGACUUGACACGACCAGAAGCAUUGAGCACCAAAAGACUUUUGAGUGCUGUUGUCAAUUAUCUACGGUUUCGAGAAAACAUCUCCUCCGAGUAUGAGGCAUUGGCUGAAGAAGCUGACUCUACAACAACUCGAAUUCAACAAUUACAGGAGGAGAAUGAGGCUCGUGUUUCACAGAUACACGAGUUGCAGAGGAGAUUAAAGUAUGAAGAUGAUGGAAAUAGUGAUGUUCCCAGACACGAGCUCCAACAUGUUUACAAUUACAACAAGAAAUUAGAGUCCAAACUUCGUCAAUUAAAGUCCACUCAAGAGAGAUUGACCAAACAACAUGACGACUACAAAACGGAAAAGAAUUCUCUUGCUACCCAGCUUUACGAUAUCGGUUUCCUCUGUGAUGAGACAUCUGGCGAAAUUGAAAACUUGAAAAGUUUCAAAGAAAAAGAUAUUGGCCAAUUGACCACCAUUGUUAAUGAUUUAGACAAGGAAGCAGAAGGGUUAAUCAGAACUUUUAUAACCUUUGAAAAACAAUAUCAAAACUUGGGCAAAACUCUUGAUUCAAUACAAGUAAACGAAUUGAGUAUCAAUAAUCUAAUCAGAGUGGCUGAGGACAUCUCGAGGCUGUUGACUAAAGACGAAAGCGACGUUUAUAAUAUACGCCAACAAAAUGAUAAAUUGCAGGACAUCACUCGAGAUUCCAAUGACUUGGCAAAACAAAUUCAAACAAGAUCCGAACAAUUGGCCAAAUACGAAAAAAAAUAUCGUGAUUUGGAAGAGCUGUAUACUAAAAAGUAUGAAAGUUUGAGCAAGAGGUUGAAAGAGACAAAUGAGGCAUUGGAUGACGUGAUGCGACAAAAUGCAGAACGCAAUGAAGAGAAUAAACGAACGCAUAAAUUGAUUUCUAAGAUCAAACAAGAAACCGAUGAUAUAAUAAGCAAUUUUGAAAAAGAUUUUAAGUCAAAAGAAGCGCAAUUGGCGCAGUUAAAGUAUAUUUUGACGUCCUAUAUGGAAAGUUUGACAAAGAAGUUUUCUAUAGAUUCAGGGAGCUAA